UAGACAACAGGCCUGUAAAUUUAAACCUCUCAAGUGUCACAAUCGAGGAGUCGAACUUGGCUUUCGCGAAACACUGUCAGCAUUUAGCAGAGCUCCUCGAUCUCACUGAUCGUCAGGUUUAUAAUUGCGUUCUUGCGAAAUUCUCUUCAUCUCCUCGGUAAUCUAGAGUAAUUGAAGGAAAUGAGCUUGAAGAAAUUGUGAAAAUAGCCAUGAGAAGGGUUGGUAAUUAUGAACUUGGUAGAACAAUCGGCGAAGGAACCUUCGCAAAGGUUAAAUUCGCGCGUAAUACAGAGACUGGGAAGAGUGUUGCCGUGAAAAUUCUGGCCAAAAGUACUAUCCUUAAGCACAGGAUGGUGGAUCAGAUUAAGAAAGAAAUAUCCAUAAUGAAGAUUGUUAGGCAUCCUAACAUAGUCAGGUUACAUGAGGUUUUGGCUAGCCGGACAAAGAUAUAUAUUAUUUUAGAAUUCGUCACUGGUGGAGAACUAUUUGAUAAAAUAGUUCAGCAAGGAAAGCUCCCUGAGGAUGAAACAAGGCAACACUUUCAACAUCUUAUAGAUGCAGUUGAUUACUGCCAUAGUAAGGGUGUGUACCACAGAGAUUUGAAGCCUGAAAAUCUUCUUCUUGAUUACCAAGGGAACUUGAAGAUUUCUGACUUUGGACUCAGUGCAUUGCCCCAACAGGGUGUUGGACUUCUUCAUACAACAUGUGGAACCCCAAAUUAUGUUGCACCAGAGGUUCAUUCUUUUUAAGCAUCUUGAAGACUAUGGAAUACUUUUGAGUUGGUUAAGGCAUUGAACUCUUAAUAGCAAGA